UUAAGUGUAAUAUAAAAGUUUUGACAAAAAGUCAUUUUAAAUUUUUAAUUAUUAUCAUCAAACAAAUGGCAUCUCAAGAGAAUUACGUGAUUAUUGAUACCGACUGCGGAGUGGACGACGCGGUAGCGCUGAUGUUAGCUCUUGACUGUCAUCGCAAAGGUUUGAUCCGCAUUUUGGCCAUAACUUGUGUCUACGGGAAUACAGAUGUCUGUCAAGUGGUUCGCAAUGUUUUUCUCACUUUAAGACUCUUCGGAUUAGAGAAAACAAUUCGUGUACUCAAAGGAUGCGCUUUUCCGUUACGCGAGAAAAUCGGUUUCGAAGACGGCUUUAUGGGAAUCGACGGUUUGGGAAAUUCUGUUCACCGAAUGCCCGAAAUCGACUGUCAAACCGAAGAAGAACACGCGGCUCAGGCCAUCGUAUCUCUUGUGCAACAAUUCCCCAAACAGAUCCAACUGUUGUCUUUGGGACCGCUAACCAACUUAGCAUUGGCUCAGCAUUUAUAUCCGUCGGUUUUGAAUGAGUUUCGCGAAAUCAUAGCAAUGGGCGGAAUGAUAGAAAUGUUAGGAAAUGUUGGACCGACCACUGAAUUCAACUUCUUUAAUGAUCCCGAAGCCGUUCAUAUGGUGCUCACCAACAGCACGUGUCCGAUGACGAUCGUGCCGUGGGAUACGUGUUUGAAGACUCGCAUGUUAUGGAAACAUUUCGACGAAAUCGUCGAAAAAAAUACUGAAAAAUCAAAAUUUUUAGAAAAUAUUUAUCAAAGUAUUUAUGAACACAAAGUUUACGGCCGAAAUGUCAGUCCUGGAGUCGUUUUGUGUGACAUUAUUGUAGUGUUUGUCGCAGUUUUCUCGAAAAUAAUCAAAUUGACUGAUGAAUACCCGGUGGCCAUUGAAUUGGCCGGACAUUUGACGAGAGGACAACUUAUUAUCGAUAGGACUGGAAGAGCGGAUAGAAAGAAGUUUAAAAAUGACAGAAUGGCUCGUUUUGUCACUGAGUUGGACAUCGAGGAAGCAGUUAAAGUGCUUAAGAAGGCUUUGGAUUAAGUUUUAAAUACAUUUUGUUUAGUAU